AACUGCUGACGUCUGUCACCGGAGUCGUUCUUACUAGCUAGCUGGCUGAAUGGGUUGCUUGCUCGAGCAGUAGUAUUCUGAAACAGACAUGGAAUGUUGACGUUUGCUGUGUUUAAAACGAAAAGGAAAAUCAAGUAAUUCAUAUACAAAGAUCCAAGUUAAUAUUUGCGUUGAGAACCUGAUAAAAUGGACAGCCAGAAUUAGGGUGACUAAAUCAAUGGAGGCCAGAGAAAAAUGUGUUCAGAAAUCAAGAAAAUUGCAUCGUGUCAGCUAGGCUGGAUUCUGUGCAAGAAUUAAGGCUACUGGCUACCUGACAGGCUCACUUUACUGUUGAGCUCAUCAUCUUUCUUCUCCAAUCCGCAGAGAUUAAUACUAGAGAGAAGGCACUGAGCGGGUUCGACUAUGCGUUUCAUGUUGCUGUUCAGUCGGCAGGGGAAGCUGCGUCUCCAGAAGUGGUACACGGCCACGGCCGAGAGGGACAAGAAGAAGAUGGUGAGGGAGCUCAUGCAGGUUGUGCUGGCCCGCAAGCCCAAGAUGUGCAGCUUCCUGGAGUGGAGGGACCUCAAGAUCGUCUACAAGAGGUAUGCCAGUCUGUAUUUCUGCUGUGCGGUGGAGGAGCAGGACAACGAACUCAUCACUCUAGAGGUCAUCCACCGCUUCGUAGAGCUACUGGAUAAGUACUUCGGCAGUGUAUGUGAGCUGGACAUCAUCUUUAACUUUGAGAAGGCCUACUUUAUACUGGAUGAGUUUCUGAUGGGGGGGGAGAUCCAAGACACGUCCAAGAAGAGUGUACUCAAGGCCAUCGAACAGGCCGACCUACUACAGGAGGAGGACGAGUCUCCAAGAAGUGUUCUAGAGGAGAUGGGCCUGGCGUAGUGACAGCAGGGUACUCUGAUCCCAGCACUUUUUAUCAGGCGACAGACGAAGAGACAGAGGACUUUGGGUUACAUGUGCAACAGGGUGGAGGAAAGGGGGUUUGACGUGUGUGUGUGUUGGGUGGAGGGUGAAUGGAGGGGGUUUGGGGGGGUGGCUGGGAGGGAGUAAGGGCUGGAAUGGAAGCUGUUAUCUAAGGCUGUGUCAAGUGGCACUCUAUUCCCACAUAGUACUCUAGGGCUCUGGCCAAAAGAAGUGCAGCUUUUUUUAGGUAAAAUAGGGUGUCAAUUGAGAUUCACACAUUGACGUUCUGGUACUGAAUUCAAGACAUUGCUGACAUUGUUGUAUAUUAUCAUGAUGAUCCACACCCUAUUUAUAUUAGCUCUGUGAAAAUGGUGCCACUUUUGGCCGAAUGAUUUAGCUACUACUGUUGUAUGACCCAGACUUGGGUUCAAAUACUAUCUGAAAUUGUUCAAGUACUUCUAGCGUUUGCUUUAGCCUGCAGGGAGGCCAUUAUAUUGGUUCCGUUCUGCCAGGACGCUCAAUCAAGCUCAGCUUUAAGUAUUUGAGAUAGUAUUUGAACCACGGUCUGAUUUGACCUUUGAACUUUCCCUCGAGACGCAGGUCAGAAUGCAUCUUAAGACUUUUUUUAGCAGGAGAUGAAAUAAGACAUCAAAACAUUUUACCCAACAGAUUACGUUUUAUCAGAUUAGGGUGCGUCUCAAAUGGCACCCUAUUCCCUAUAUAGUGCACUACUUUUGACCAGGGCCCAUAGGGCUCUGGUCAAAAUUAACGCUCUAUGUAGGGAAUAGGGUGGCAUUUUGAGGGACACAGGGAUUUUCUUUUAAAUGAAUGGUCGUUAAAUAUUUUGUAAAUGUACCACACGUUAUGAGAAUAAUAUAAUAUGUUUGCUGUUUUUAUUGUUUUUAAGGGACCACAUUGAUUGUCUGCAUUGGUGAGUUAUGUUGAACCCAUAGUAGGAUCUGUUGUAGGGGUACACACAAAGAACACAUUCUUGCCCUUCCCAUUUAUAUGUCAAUCUGUAGAAUGAUUCUUCCCAAAUUCCGGAUCCAUCCAGAGUUCCUUAGAAUUGAGAAUUAUAUUUCUGCGUUCUAUUCCGCAACUGUUUUUCUCUGUCUCUCAGCCUGUGUGUGGCUGUGCUAACAUGAAUGUGUUUAUGUGGAAAGGGCUCAAUGUGAUAGUAUGCAAUGUAGUGAUGAUGAUGAUGAUUCAGAUGAGACUAACCCAGGGCACGAAAAUAUAGGCAGAGAGAGGGAGAGUUUGUUGUUUCUGAGCAGCAACGUAAAACAAAAGGCAAACAAACUACUUUGACAUACACGUGACUUUUUAGAGAAAUAAUGGACCUAGCUACCAUUCCUAUACCAACAAACACAUUAAAUGCAGUACGUUUUACGCCUAUCAAAUACCUACUUUCCAAAGAGUAAUAAUAUUUUUGUCUGCAACGAGGGAAUAGACCAAUAGGAAUAAACUGAAACUAGAAGAGUUUGGCUUCAGAUUGUAGACAUGUGUUCUUAUUACCUGACUUUAGCCCAUUGAUUUAAAUAAGAUACGUUCCAACAUUCAUACUAGCAUACUACUUGCUAUUGUGCGUUCCCAAUACAUUGCUUCACUCCAAUUAGUAUCAAUACAUAGGCUACAUUCCAAUAUCCACACUAGCAUACCACUUAGGUGGUGUUCCAAAUGGCACCCUAUUUAGGGCAGUACUUUUGACCAGAGGCCGAAAUAUGGAACAGGGUGCAGUUUGGGAUGAAGCCUUUGCCCACUGUAUUGCUCCAUUCAAAGUGGUAUACUAGUAUGGUCAAUGGGACAGAACUAUUGCUUCAUUAUUAGUAGUGCGCUAGUGUGGAUUAUUGGAACUGCGCCGAAUAAGAAAUUAGAAGAUAUUUUGAUUUGCAUUUUUUCAGGGACUCAAAAAGGUGUGUGUGUGUAGGGUUUUAUUCAUUUGGGAUCCAGCAUGAGGGAUGGGUGGCAUAUGAUAAAUAACUAUUGACCUACGGUCCAGUCAUGGUACCCUAUUCCUUUUAUAGGGUUAUGGUCAAAAGUAGUGCACUAUAAAGAGAAAAGGGUACUAUUUGGGAUGCAGCAUAUUAUCGAAGGGAAUCGUGUGAAUGUAAUUUUAUAAUAAAAAUAAAAUGCAAUUAGAAAGGA